ACAAGUAAGUAUUCGGAAGUUGACGGCACGUUAAAUCCUGAUAAAAGAAAACAUUUCUGUAUCCUGUGUGAGAUCCACAAGUCGGAUUUAUUUCUUUGUACGAUAUUACAGUGAAAGUUUGAGGAGCAUUAAAAUGUCGGAGUAUGAUAAAGUGCGGACGGGAAAAUUAGUAUUGAAAGGCGAAAAAUCAAGACCGAAGAAACGAAAAUCUAAGAAACAAGAAAAAGAGCAGGAAACCACUGUGGAGGAUAAAGAUACCCUUACUCAUGGCGGGUGGUGGAAGGUUAAGAAUGUAGCUGAAGUCACCGGGACAGUAGCAGUCGAAUUUGGAAAUCAAACUUACAUGAAGGCACUGGAUAAUGGAUUGUUUACUCUUGGGGCACCGCACGCCGAAGGAGAGAGUCCAUCGCCGGAAGAAAUAUUAACAGCGUUUCCCGUGAGCGAGACUAAGGUUGCCUUGAAAUCUGGAUACGGCAAAUAUCUUGGAGUUGAUAAAAAUGGCGUUGUUAUUGGACGAAGUGACGCAGUCGGUUCUAUCGAACAGUGGGAGCCAAUUUUUCAAGAUGGCAAGCUUGCGAUAUUAAAUAAUACUGGAUGCUUCAUGUCGGUUACAAAUGACGAUGAUAUAGUUUGCCAGAGUAGGACAGCUGGAUCGUCAGAGUUUGUUGUUAUAAGAAGUAUAAUACAACGUUCUCAGAGUCCUAGUAGGGAUAUUCCGAAAGAGGAACAAGGCUCAAUCACGGAGGUGGAAGUAAAUUAUGUACGAAAGUUUCAAAAGUUUCAAGAUAAAAAGUUAAGGAUAAAUAAGUCCGAUCGUUCUGAGCUGGAGAAGGCAAAAACAGAAGGAAAUCUGCAUGAAACUCUAUUAGAUAGGAGAAGUAAGAUGAAAGCUGAUCGUUAUUGUAAAUAAAAUCAAUAUUUAUUGUGAAGUUUCUACUGUAAAUAAAUUGUGAAACGCA